GAAGACUGGACCGGAAACUAAACAGCAGUGGAGCACCGCUCGGCGGAAGAAGAUAAAUAAUCCGUAAAAACAGCAACCAUCGACCUGCUGCAGGCUCAUGGACUCUGGAGCUCCCGACUCAUUGCUGUUAGUUACAGCAUGGAGCGCUCUGAUUGGACAGACCCUUUGACUGCGCCACCUCCAGGUGUGCCGUCAGGAUGUCUGAUGAAGGUAACCAGAAGGAGGCAGAGCCUCCCAGCAGGAUGUGGGCGGAGCCAGAGCCCGGUCCAUCCAGGUGUGAGCCCAGCAGGCAGGGUUACUGUGGUUACUGCAGAGUCCUCUACACCAGCCUGGACCAGCACCUGUCCAGCCUCAGACACCUGGACUCUGUCCGGGCGUCCGCCAGAGGCUCCGCCCCUGUGUCCAUCGCCAGGGGCAACCAGAGCAGGCUGACGCUGCUGGAGCGCUUCCUGCGGGACGUCCAGGAGCACCACCCGCAUCGCUAUGGCGACACCAGGCCAUCCCACGCCGACCUGCCGUCUGUCUCCGCCCCCCCGCUGCCGAAGGCGGAGCUUGAUGAACUCUGUUCCUCCGACGGAGACGGCCAGUCGCUAGGCACUCGAGAACACCUGCCCAGCUCUGAUGACGCGUCCUGUCAGCCAGCCAAUCAGGAAACAGAACAUAGCUUCCACAGCCAAUCAGAUGGCCAGUACAGGCAGGACGAAGGACAGGCGUCUCCUCCGCCCCGUUGCACAAACACCCCGCCCCCUCAGCCUCAGGCUCGGCUCCCUCAGCCUCAGGCUCCGCCCGCUGUCCACAGAAAAGCCCACAGGAAGACCAACCGGAGGAAACCCAGUGACUCUUCAUCCUCCACUCAGGCCCCCCGGGGCCCGACUCAGCUGGACCCGAACACCAGCCAGAAGCUCCAGGCUCCUGCAGAGGCAAAGAUCCAAACUGCAUCUGGACCAAGGGCCCGGUUCUGCUCAGACCUGAGGCCCCAUAGGCCCUUUGUGAGUUGGCAGAGGGAGAGGAGGGCAGUCCAGAAGGCGGAGGCGUUCUCCACCCACAGCGACCCGGUGGAGCAGACCAUUGAAGAGGUGAUCCAGAUGUGCUGCUACAGCGUCACUUCACCUCACCACCAGCAGGAGGAGACAGAGAGCCUCCAUCUCAGCCUUCCUGUCUCCAUGGAAACGCAGAGUGAGGACUGGGACAAACCUGUACAGCAGGUGGUUUUCCAGAGAGCUGACCCACCUGUCCAGGUGUGCCAGACAGAGGGGCGGGACCUGGGCCGCCUCAUGGACGUCCAGGUGGACAUGGAGGACCAGGUGUACUCCAGCCAGCUGGACUGCGCCCUGCUGGGCGGGGCGGUCCAGCAGGACCAGGGCUUCUGGGACGUCCCCAUAGAGGACGUCCUGCCGGUCCCACAGCAUAUCCCAGAAUCCUUCAGGGGGAAGACCUGGACCCAGAUCGAGCAGGAGGACGAGGCCCGCGUGGAGAGGCUGGUCCAGCAGUUCAGACGGGGCAGAUUCAUCUGCUACUUUGACACAGAGUCGCUGGCCAGGUUUGGCAGGAGGAGAAGGAAGAAGGCCCUUCAGGCCCAGGAGGCGGAGCCAGACACAGGUGUUCUACCCUUGGUGGACCAGGAUGAUGAUGACUCUGCUUGUGUCAGGAUGAGGAAGAGGAGGCGGAGCUUCAGAGUGGCGUCCAGGUGUCAGGUGGUCAAAGUGAGUCACGGCACUCAGACGCUACGAUUGGUUAUCCCGACUGUCCAUCAGUUGUCCUCAGAGGCUCCGCCCACCAGCCUCCCUGCAGCCAAUGAGAGAACCCCUGAGUCGCAGGCGUGGCAUUCGCUGCCUGCGUGUUACUCCAGCAUCGUUACUCCUGUCCAGCCCCGCACCUCGCUGGUCUACCUGCUCUGCUCCCCGUCCUGCUCUGCUGGCGCCACACCUGGAGACUCCGCCCCCAAGCGCUGCAGAAGGAGGCGGCGCCCUGUUGACCUGCAGAGGCUAAAGGUCAAGUAUAAAAGACUUCCUGUUAAGUUCUACGAGCCAGGGACCAAUCAGAUCCUCAGAAACCCUCCACAGACUUUAUUGAGACCCAGAGGCCCCGCCCCCUCCGGCCAGCUGCCGCCGUGCGUCCGUCAGCUGUUCCGGAGUCUGAGUCCUGACCUCAACAUGGACCGCCGGCCGGGGGAGGGGCCUAAAGGCGACGCGGCCCUGAUGAGCGCGCUCAGUGCAGACUCUGGGACAGAGACGGUCAGGAGGACAGGAAGGGUUCCUCGGACUCCGCCCACCGAGAGAGUUAGGGGCGGCAGGCCACGCCCCCCACCCUCCCAACGAAGGACCAGGAUUCAGGCCCCGCCCCCUCCGCCCAGGAGGGAGGGGCUACGACGAGCAGCACCCAGCAGGAAGCGCCUCAGCUCCACAGGCCACGCCCUCCCGGCUCCCCGCAGGGGGCGGAGCCAGAGGGGGCGCGGCUGCGAGAGGGGGGGCAGGUAGCAGAACGGACUGGAGCCACAAGGACACCGCUACACCUGGACAGGUGUAGACCUUCACCAGGUGUUUAUCUACACUACAGAAAAGUCCACUGUGCAAUAAGAAGAAAGAUCAUUUCCUCUUCGCUGUAAAGAAUGGCUGACAAAAUAAAUUAUUUUCUUUAUGGUCUGUUUUAAUAAUUUCAUAAGCUAAACGUUUUUACAGAAUGGAAACCAGUACAGCUACAUGUUUGUUGCCAUGGAGACAUACUUAUUGACAUCAUUGUUUACUGUUCAGCGUUCGGCAGCUCUGUGUCUCCGUACUGUCACCAGUUUAACGGGUGGCCAUGUUUUUACCUUUUCUACCUGCGUGUUUAAAUGUUGGUCCUGAAUAAAACGUUUUCUAAGA